UGUCUUUGUUGGCCUCCUUUUUUUUUAUUUCUUUGACGCAGGCCUCGACACUCAUGACUGGCAUCGCCCUUGUACAACAGACACCACCACAUCCAGCUCAUACUCAUCGCUGCCCAAAACUUAAACAUAAGUGUCUCUCAAUUGUGCACCCGAGCCUAUCGAAGCUCUGUGCCCCCCACCGUAACGGAAAGGGGUUGAAAGGGGACUAUCAUGUCUCCCUGUCUCGAUAAACAGCAUCAUGACAAGAGGCGAAAUUCAUCGUGAAGCGCAUUAGCGUGCGAAGCGCUUGGUCCAGGGCUUCUCGGCGCUGGUGGAUCUGACACCUGCAGGCUGGGAUGUGCCCCCAUCUAGGUUGCAUCUUUGCUGCAGGAACUGAUGCACCUGCUCGAGUAGUAAACUUGUCGAUUGCUGAAGCUCUACACCAUCUCGCCUUGAUGCAGUCACGCGCAAGUACAUCGGCGCCCUAGCCGCCGCAGCAGACGAUUACUGCUAGUCCUGAUAUCCUGAACACGGAUGGAUGGACGGAUGGGCCCGACACUGAUUACUGGUCACAUCAGAAACAUGACCAUCCAGUGACGUCGCGAUACUCUGUUUCGAUAACAGCCUUGGUGUGAUGAAUCAGGGACUGCCAAGGGAUGUUUCCUUUUUGCGCCUUGCUUGGCUGUACAAGACCCCGACUGAUACAGUGAAGCGUCGUGUUAUCGUCAUGAGUCACAUGGAUGGUUUCGCCCUGCCAGACCGAAACAGGAACAGAAGAUGCAAAUGCAUAUUUGUAAUGCGUCAGAUUUACUGCAGAUAUCCAUGUGUACGUAGUUGAAGGGUCAACGUGAUGCAAGUCCUCAUGGAUGGACCCUGUUAUUUCGAUUCUGCUCGUCCAUAUCUGGCAUUGCAGCCUCCCCAGUUUCCAAAUGGAGAUGCGAGACGUGACAACCCAGAAACAGAUCAAGGAUGGGAUCAUUCAGACGGGCCGGCCCCAUUGACCAAUAACAGGCUCCUUAGCUUGACCCUCCAAGCUAUGACGCUGUUGUAUCAGAAGCACACGCUGCAGUACAGAGCCUUUAGCCGCUAAACGGACACGUCGCAGCUUAACGUUAGAGAGGCCAACAACCCCAGAGCAGAGCUUCAUCCAUACAACGACAACCUCGCUCGCAUCCAUUCACACUGCCUCACACGACGUGCCAACCACACCCGUCGACGUCACAUCUCCAACGAAUUCAGGCUUCUCAUUGACCUCAACGCCGUUGUGACCUCCAUUAACCUCAUCAAUUCCCCGCCCCGCAUCUGUCCCGACCGCCACCAUGAAGGCCGCCCUCUUCCUCUCCGCCCUCGCCUCUGCCGCCGUUGGCGUUGUCGCCGAGGACCUCAAGAUUGACGUUACUCUUCCCGUCGUCUGCGACCGCAAGACACAGAAGGGAGACAGGGUUCAGAUGCACUACCGUGGCACCCUUAAGGACUCGGGCAAGCAAUUCGAUGCCAGCUACGACCGUGGCACUCCUCUUGACUUCGUCGUUGGCUCUGGUCAGGUCAUCAGGGGAUGGGACGAGGGUCUUCUCGACAUGUGUAUUGGCGAGAAGCGACUUUUGACUAUCCCGCCUGAGUACGGCUACGGCCAGCGAGCCAUUGGCCCUAUCCCCGCCGGCUCUACCCUGGUUUUCGAGACAGAGCUCGUUGGAAUUCAAGGCGUCCCCAAGCCCGAGAAGAUCGAGACAAAGGUUGUCGAGGGUGCCGAGACUGCCGCCGAGGCUAUCAGUGAGGCUGCUGAGUCUGCCGCAUCUGCCACCAAGAAUGUUGCUGGUAAGGUUGCUCAGGCUGUUGUCGAUGCUGCUGAUGCCGCCAAGACCAUCAUUGCAGACACUGAUGACGCUCCUGAGCACGAGGAGCUGUAAAGAUUUGAUGUCUUCAAUGAUCUACUUUGUGCAUAACGUAUCAACCCAUACCAUGCCAUAUUCUGUCUUAAACGCAGCCUUGAGAAGCUGGAAAACAAAACCCGGAUCCUGUCAACGUCGUGUGCUAUCCGCUCGGGGCUAAGCCCCACGCUGGCCCUCUGUGACAUGUUGGUUGCAUGUGCAUAAUCGCGCUGUAGAGAGGGUCUAUUGUCUAUCUCGGGCAAUAGGAUUUGUCUCGUAGAUCUCGACGUCACUAUACGAUACCCUC